AUUCAUAACUCAUUUAAGUGUUUUCUUAAUUUUAGAGCUACUUUCAAACCACUUCAUCAACAAAAUCUUUGAAAAACAUUUUUUUUUCUUGUUUUGUAUCUUCAAGACAAGCUCAAGAUGCUGCGGAUUCUUGGUAAGUACCGGUCAAGAUCAUCGUGCCAGUACAAAAAGCUAAGUCAUCAUCACGAGAAGGUUACGACAAGACAUAACUUGGGGAAGAAGCUAGAGGGUAGGUCAAAAGGGUUUAGACUAAACCGACCAAGGAGGCUGGUUCUUAAGGCACUGGUUUUACCAAGAAGGAUCUUGAGCAUUUACGCGCGCAUCACAGACAAAAUGAACAGAGAAGGUUUCUAUCCCAAUCUCAUUCUCUCUUCUCACUGGGGCUUCCCUAUUGUAUUAGAGAAAAAGCUCAUAUUUUGACGUUUGUGACUUCAUAUAGACAAAAGAUAGAUCAAAAACAGAGGAAUCAAACUGUAACCAUAUGCUAUGCUAUCU